GACGUGUUUUGUUUACGCUCGCUCCUUGAUAUUCCCGCGUGUGUUUCGCUACGUUCGUAAAAGUGGUUUCAUUUCGUGAUAUCCUAAGCAAAAGGAUAACCUGUGCUAAAACAAGUGCGCUUAUAAUCGUUCCCUUUCUCGGUCCAUGAAAUAAGUGCGUUUUGUUCGCGAAACACCCGGCACCCGGUAUUUGCGAUACCAAUAUUCGAAACUUCACAUCAAAGUUGUACACUGCUUUUUUUUCGUGGAAAUAUUAUCGUGCCCAGUGCCAGUGUGCCAGUUCCGUAAGUGUUUGUCCUCUGUAAAGCUCGUGCCUCAUCCAAAGCAUCAACAUGACCUCGACAAACUUCACGGUCGGAUUCGGCGAAAACUCCAAGGCCUCCAGCAAAGUUCUGAAACCACCAGGCGGUGGCAGCAGCGAUCUUUUCGGUGCGGAUCAACUUGGACCCAAUACGCCACGCACCAUGAGCAAGAACAGGAUGCAGUCGAACAUUUUUACGGCCCCAUCGGACGCCCACAAGAAUGUAUUUCGGCAAGGAGCUCAUCGAUACUAUUUUCUUGGUUCGGAAACUCCACGCCGCAACGGACAGGGCCAGGAUUCGCACAACCGUCUGUUCGGUGAACUGAACCGUCCGUUCACACCGGCCAAGAAUCACAUGAAGAGCAACCUGCCGAUCGGCAACCCGGCCGGCGGUGAUCAUACCGAUGGUGGCAAGCCGCACCAGAACGGCAAAUCGAACGGAGUAGCCCACCAGAACGGUAACGGCACGGCCAAUGGACAUCACACCAACGGACACAGCAACGGCAAUGGACACAUCUCGUCGGCUUCUUCGGAUAAUGGAUCCAGCCAUAGUAAUGAAGAAGACGCAUCACCGGAUUCAGCCUACUCGUCCACACGAUCACAUACUCAGCAGCAGCAACAGAACAUGCAAUCGAUGGCCGGUCCCGGUGGCAUAUGGGCUCCGUUUGAUACGGCGGCCGGCAUGAUGCCACCGCUCUCGCCCAGACGCCAGCUGCAGUUCUAUCCGAGUGGCGAAACGCUGAAUCCGACCUAUGCAUCGAACAUUAAUCUCUGCAUCAGUGAUGACAUCAUCAUCAGUGUGACCGAACAUGACGAUACGGUUGUACCGCACGGACUAAACAGCAACAAUGGCAAAGCAUCGCCAAGGUCACCACGCUCGCCACGGUUUGCGCAACGGAACCCAGUUACCGGCAACGGGGUCGAAGAUUACGCCGACAAACCACGGAAGCUUAGCUCGAGACGUGGAGCAGGAGACGGCAACCCCGUAACUGGUGAAGGAUACAGCAAAUCGAACGGUGCAGCUGAAAUCAACACAACGGUACCGUCGCUGAACGGAGGUGGCCAUGUUAUCAAUAAGAAUCGCAUUCCGCCCGGUGGCUUCUCGUCCGGUCUGUGGUAAAGAAACAUGAAUCUUUUGCCUGUGUGGUCGCGAGAACGUGCUGAACACAGUCGUAACAUCCAAUCGCAUCCGUCAGUAACAAAUCAAAGAAACUCCGAACAGCGAUACUGUUCCUCGCUGCAGGGAACAUGAACACCCGAAGUGAGAUGUCAGAUUUUCACGACACGACAAACAUCCAUCCGACAACCAGAGGUAGAGAAGCAUACGCAGCAGAUAAACACACGGAAAAUUAGCAUGAUGUGAUCAAUAAAAAAACGAGAACUGCAUGAUCAGUGCAACGGUUAAUGAUGUUGGUACUCGGUCUCUCGAUUACGUGUCAACAUUCGACAUCAGUAAAACGAAAUGGUAAUAGAAUCUUGUUCGGUCUAACAAUAAUAAAGAAUGCGUAAAGAUGGUAUACCUUUUCGGUGCGAAAAUGAUGUUGCAAUUACGUAGCGUUACCUCAAAAGUAAAGCAACACUCAAUCCUCCUCCCUUACCGCCCCGUACACGUACAAGUCUUUCGAGGGACAUUUGAAAACGAAACAAUUUAUAAUAUCAAACAAACAAAUGAAACGAAAUUUGGUGUUAAUCGAAGUUAAACGAUUGUGUAAAAGAAAGAGAGGGUUUUUGUUUGAUCUGCUAGUGUGUGUAGUAGGGGUAACUAAACAUACGAGAUUUCCAGAUUGAGUGCGCGAAAUACAGUUGAGCCGAGAUGCAAAAAAAGAAGCGAACGAAAGAGAAAAGGAGGUGGAAACUAAUAUGGCACUAUAUACAUGCAGUAAUAAAUUCUUUGUAUUAAUGAAUACUAUAAUAAUCGCUCGAGCUCGCCGUGGCGCCGCGUUAUGCUGUGCGAUCGAAGUGUGCAAGAGAAAACAAUUGCAUCGAUCGAUGGAAAUUAAACGAUCGAUUAGAGACAGAAACCAAGCAGAUAUCAGAAUGAGAUGAAGAUAAGGAAAAAACACACACACAUACGUGCGGAAACCUUAAAAUCCAUAUUUAUCAAAGCAAUGUGAGUUUAUAUAAAUAGUGUAACUGUGAAAGCAACAAAAUAGAUACACAAAUACAAACAAACAAACAAACACACACACACACACGGAAAAAUUGUGUAUUUAGGAGAAUAUAAUAGUAUCAGCGUAGCGAAGGCAAAAUCAAAUUCAAUAUUAUAAACGAAAUAUUGCAAUUAAGGGUGGAAAAAAGGGAAAUGCGAAAACGAUCUAUAUAUGGCGGGGCAAAAUUUGUUAGUUGUGUAAAAUUAAUCACUACUACUACCAAUAGUACUGCUGCUGCAGCUGCUAAUUUGAUUCUAUAGGGCGCAAUGCGUUCGGUAGGAACACAUUGUUCUCGGUUCUCCAAAUUGUAGAUUUAAAAUCUUUAAAAACCUCCCACUGUUGGCCUUAACUUGAAAUCGUUUCAUUUCAAUUGCGUUCGGUGGCAAUAUCGUCCCAUUUUUUACAAUAUUCGUUGCGAGUGCGAGAACAAUCGAUCAUCGAUCGGACGACUCGUAAAACGGUCGAAAGACGAAACGAGCUUGCAUGUCACUGCUCCUCCCCCCGCGAAAACAUCUGCCAGCGAUGAAGAACUGAGUUUGUGCUUCCUCUUGUGGUUCACUCUUUGGAAUGUCUACUGCUGCUGAUUGAUAAAUUCCAUUCGAACUUUAAACCGUGCUUGCAAUUAUAAUUUUUAUAAAAUUAUCAGGCUCUAUUGCAAAACAGAAUGCAAUACGAAUAGCUAAAGGACGAAGGACGAAUAGCACGAUGUGUGUGUGUGUAUGAGUGGCAGGAGUAGGGAAAACGGAGCAAAAUCUUGUGUUCUUUUGUACGUUUGUUUUGUGUAACAACUGUUGUGUCUUUCCAAUCUUUCUUCUACCUUUAAUUUACUUCUUUUUUUAUAUUGGCUUGGGUGUGUGUGUGUGUGAUUGGAUAUUGUUACGUAUGCACACAUCGGUUGCUAACUUCCAGCGUUUCUGUUGCAUUUAUGCAGUGCGUAAAGGUAGUGUUGUAUUUUCCCAUUUGCGUAGGAAGACGAAAGCCAUCCAGUACCGAACGGUAUCGGAUCAUAUUUAGUUUUGUUUGUGCCUAAACCAAUCAACCCCAAAACACACCACACGUACACGCAAAAAACGCAUGAAUACACACACCAUAUAAGCGAACAUCAUGUAUCUUCUAAAAAACACAUAACGGAAUGAUUUUUUUUGCUCUUUUGUAAUAAUACAUUUUAAUUUAAUAAAACCUUAACGUGGUUCAGUUUCUGACUCGAUCGUCCGAAACA